UGUUAUUUAUUCAUUUUAUGAUACAAUAUACCGAUAUUGCCAAUCAUUUAAACAUAUUGCUUGGUAUGCAUUUCAAAAUCAUCACUACUUUGAACAGUUUGCAACUGUAGUGUGAAGUACAUUUUGAUUAAUCAUUGGAAUAAGUAAAUAUAGUUCAAUAUUUUCAAUAGGACUUUAAUGUAUUUUUAUACAUUUGUACAAUGAGAACUCAAUGAAUAGCAUUGAUUUGGUUUGGUUCCACAAAUAUUUUUCAAUACAAUAAUUAUUAAUCUAUGCAACAACUUUUAAUGGGUAAUUCUGUACAUAGAUAUUUAGUCAUAAGGAUUUUAGUUCAACAGAAGUAACAAUUAGGAAAUUACUUUUGCAAAAUUUUAGUAUGGAUGGGUUAUGAAUUGUACUCAUGUCUCGUAGUUGUGUAUCAAUCAAUGUUUAAGAAUGAUGAGUGAGUACUGUCUAUGACAUAGUACAAUUUUGGGUUCAAUUAAAUAAUUAAAACAUGUUAUACAGUAUACUGUCUGUGUAUUCAAUAGGUAUAAUCUCUUGGCUACCAAAAAUGUAAUUGACCUUGACCCACAGUGUCAAUAAUUCCUGUAAAUGCCAAUGAGCAUUUUGUUAAACUAUAAUAUUUUCACUCUUGAGUUUAUAUGACAUGCACUCAUAAACCCAAGGAAUGACUGGACAAAAUAUUUUUUUAAUUAUUGAAGACAUACCACGUUCGUACAGAUCAAUAACAAUUAAAAAAUGUCCGUCAAAUGUCUUUAUCGGCAGAAACAAUGACAAUAAUAAUAAUGAAUAACGAUAUUUUUGGUUUUUGAACGCACUAGUGUAAAGCGGGAAAAAUCCUGUUCAACAACAGAUAGCGCGACGGUCGCGCCGGGUCCGCGAAUGCGGUCAUCGGUGUUCACCGAUGACUGUCCGCCAUUUUCCGGCGGCUGUUUGUGUUUGUCUCGCGCACACACAACAGUUUCGGCCGCCGUCUAGCCAACAUAACCUGAUUGUGCAGCCGCCGCUGCCGCCGACCGCCGACGCCGCCGCCGCCGACGACACCACCACACUGCUAUCCGUUACGACCGCGACGACUGACCACCGUUGUUGUUCCGCAAGUGCGUACGGCGUACGACGAUCUGUCCGUGUUCGUUCGCCACCCGUCGACAUUUCGAUCGUUUUUUUAUUUUCCACGCACGCCGUUUAGUUAUCCUGUGUACCGGUAAAAGACGCCGCCGCACACAACGCGCGCAAUAAUACACGAUAAUAUUUAAUACACGUACAAUAAGGUAAUAUCCGUUAUUGUUUGUUAUUUUUAUUAUCGUGUUAUUAUCAUCGUUCGCCGACCGGAUCCCGCGAUCCGAUGCUUGGACGAGUUUGUGCGCGCCAUUUCACCACGACGAUACGAUAUUGCGGUCGCGCGCCAACGUGAAUCCGGUGCAUUAUUUUAGUGCACGACGACGACGACGACGCGUUCCCGUCGCUUGGCGUGCGUGUGUGUGUUUGAUCGAGUGUGAGUGUGUGUGUGCGUGUGUUUGCGCGCGUGGUUAUCAUCGUCGACGUCGGCCUGCCAACAACGCGGACGCUGCUCGCACAGCUAAUAUUGUCGCCGACAACGCGCCGUUACAACAGCUUCAGCGACGUGAUCGACGAACAAGGAUUUGGUUUCAAAAUGUUGACAUUAUCCGUAAGAAAUAGAAGCAAAUCUAAAAGGAUCCAGAUACCAAAAAUUGAUGAAUUGUUAGAAUCAGUUGGAUUAAUGAGACAUGUAGUGCCUAAAGAUGGUAAUAGUUUAUUCAGAUGUAUAUCGCAAUGUGUGUUUCUAACACAAAGUUGCCAUAUGAUUGUACGACAACAACUUCUACAGUUUUCUUCACUGCAAAUCAAAGAAUUUACUCAAAUGACUCAGUUAUCUGUUGAUAAAUAUGCAAAUAAAAUUACUGAUACAAAAAUAGAUGGUGAAUUGUUGGAUAUGCGUAUUGCUGCUAAAAUAUACAAAAUAAGUAUUGCAUUUUAUGUAGAUUCUCAUCCUUUUAUACCUCUAAAAAUCGAAACUCCAAAUGCAAUAAAAACCUUAAAUAUAUGUCUCAAUUAUGAAGGAACCUACGAUUUGGUACUUGUGAAAGAGUCUGUUGUAAAUGUUUCAUUUUGCCAAUCAAUUGUAUAUGAAAUGCUAUACAACAAUGUUUUUAAACUUUCGGGUGUAGAAUUUGCUGUGAAAGAAAUGUUAUUUGACAGAAAUUUACCAGCUUCAAAAUUAAGUGACCCGAUUAGUUUGGAAAAGAGAGCUACUUGUUCAGAUAUGAAAGAGCUUCUUGAACAUGGUAUUACUCCAUUCCCAUUCAAAGUGGCUAAAGCUUUGACACCUAAAUUAUACAGAAACACAGAGUAUGAUAUUUGGUUGAAUAAUAAAAAAGAAAAAUUCUAUGGCAGAUGGAAUAAUUGGGAGUUUAAAGAAGGCAGCAAAUGUAUGGUUUAUGUUGGCACUAAGGGGUAUCAUUGUUAUAUUCAACGUAUUCAGGGGAAAAAUGAACCAGUUGAAGUAUACGUUAAAGAUUUGGCUAAAAAAAUAUAUGUGGAAUACAAUCAGCUGAAAUUAAUACCAGUUGAACAAGAUAUGAGGGAAUUGAUGGAGAGUCCUACUCAAAUUAAUCAAGUAUCUGACUGUAACCAAUUUAUUUUUCCUAGCCCUGAACAAUGUGAAACUCCAGUUCAGUAUCCAGGCUUUUUUCAUGGACCCAUUCAUGGAAUCUUCCCCGGGCCAAUAUUUCAUCCCUCUUUUUAUGUCCAUCAGUAUCAACAGCAUCCAGAUCUGCCUAUGACACCUCUAAACUUGACAAAUAAUGAGAAUGUGAUGCAUCCAUGGUAUAUAAAUACACCUCCACCAAUUGUAUCAAACAAUUUUCAUCCAUUCAAUGAGCAAAUUAUACUACUGGAACAGCCCUCCAAUUUUAAUCAAAAUUGCAUUACACCAAACUUUAUUGAAACUUUGUCAAAUUCAACUGAACUACAUGCUCAACCAAUGCUUUCACCAUUGUACUGUGAUCAUCAAACAUGUACACCGUGUGGUUGUGUACAGUACAACAAUGGGGAAGAAAGUGUGGCCAUGGAUUCUAAUCAUGCGUAUCAACCUUGGCUAGUGCCAGAGUUCGAUGUGCCUGCAUCUGCAGAUGAAUUGCACCUAUAAAAUAAUAAAGGCUGAUAUAACGUAACACGGACUGAUAUUUUUAAAUCAAUGUGAUAAAAAGUAACUCCUUAUUUGAAUUUUGAAGAUAUUAUUUAUUAUAAAAAGAUAAUUUUUCAGUUUAAUAUUGUAUUUUUUUUUUUGUUCCUACAAGUUUGUUAUUAAAUUAAUUAUUUAAUUGUAAUUUUUAAAAAGACUUAAAUUUUAUAUGCCUAAGUAUGGUUCCUUAUUAAGAAAUUUUUAUUUUAAAAUGUUGAUUUUUUGUUUUUAGCUGAAUAAGUUUUUUUUAAAUAUCUACUUUGUUUCAAGUUAAUUAAAAGUUUUGAAUUAUCUAAGCUACAAAUGUUUUUAAUUUAUUAUAAAAAAACCUAUAGCAGUGAUAACAAUUGUGAUAAAACACAGAAGUCAAUUUUUAAAAAAAAUGUUCUGUAGUCCCAAAUAUUGAUUAUUUUUAUUUUAGAACCUUAAUAUAUUUUGUUAAAAAAAUGGUACAUCUAAAAUUCUAAAUAUCCUAUUUAGUAAAAUGAAGACAUGUUUAGUUGCUGUCUUAUAAGUUCUAACUUUACUGUCUAGGUUAAAUAUGUAGCAUACAAGUUAAGUGAUACUUUCUAUUUCCAACUUUUAUGAUCACAUGAAAUAAUCUUCUGAUGCACUAAAAUGUCAAUAAUAUUUUUUUAAAUGAUGUUAAAAAUAGAUAUUAUUUUGAACUUAUAUAUAAAUAAUUGUUAUUUAGUUUGACUUUAAUAUGUGACCCAUUGAUUGAUUUAUUGCAUCAUAGUGACCAAACAGGUUGUUUUUUAAAAGUACUUGUUCAUAUUAAAUGUUUGCAUUAUUUUAUCAAAUACAAGUUCUGUCCUCGUUUUUGAAUUAUGGAUGUAUUAUAAUGGUUAUAGUCUACUGACAUUGGUUUACUGGUUCUUUUUAAAAAGUAUAAUACACAUACAUCCCAAGGUCACGACGCUUAAAAUUGAAUAAUGGAGAUAGAAGUAUAUUGUACAUAAUAAUAACAAUGAUAAUUUUAUUAGAACAUUAAAACGGGUUUUGUCCGUGUAUAAGAUAUAACUAAUUCAUUUUUUUUAUUGUAAUGUUGGGUAAAACAAAUUAGGAAUGUGUUAGGAUAGUUAAAGACAGUUUGCAAAAUUUGACUUUCACAUUUGAGAACCUGCCCCUUUAUCAACAAUCGACCGUUGUCUGGUGAAAGCGUGCGCGUUUUUCACGCAAAAAAACAGGCCUCGUUUUAUUUCAACUGCCCGAAUGGUGAACACAAUGGUAAAAUAACUCCACAAUAUGACUGCACAGUGCACACACAUGACGAUAGAAAUCGGAAUUAAACACGGUGAUCGGGUGGUUCGAUAAUAAGGAGUGGAAAAGGUCUCGGCGCGCCUCUUGACCCUAAACCAGAGAAGAUGAGAAAGAAAUAAACCGGUUGUGUGUGCCUGUAUGAAUAUUGAACGCGUUGGACACGGCCUCGUUGCCAGCGUUACUCCUAAGUUCUUAUGUUGGUGGUUUUAUUUAACGAUAGUGCACCGGUUGCUAAUUUUUAAAAAGGAAUUUAUAAAAUCGUUAUAAAAGUUGUAGAUUGUUACAUCGUAGAUUAAUAUUGUUGAGGUGACUUAUAACGUCCGUAGGUUUGAAGUAUAUUUUGACGGUUAAAAAAUAUACAUGGCAUAAAAAAAAUAAACUGAUUUUGUCCAAUAGUGUGAACGUUGUCGUCUUGCUCAAAACGUGUCCAUUCAGCAUGAACCUCCCCCCUCACACACACCUGCAUAUUCGCCAGUAGUACGUAAUGUUUAAGACAACUCUCGGAAGUAAAAUGUCGUUCGCUACAGUGGCAAUACUGUUAAAUCGACAAACAACGUUUGGCUGUAGUUCUCCUCACCCUCUCUCGUUCCCCCUUACUUUAUGCCGUACAUUCGAUAUCCGUGCGUAAUGUUAUUGUCUUAUUAUAACGGUUCUGCCGGGGCGAUUCAGUCGUUGAAAAAAGGGAGGGGAAGAAGACUAUUGGCUUUCGAGAGAGAAAGAGAAAAAAUCGCUCUAUUCCCAAUUCGUAUCGCUGAACAAAGGAAAAACUAGUUACCUGUACGUCAUUAUUAUUUAUUAUAACAAUAUUAUAAAGAUAAUCAGGCGCGAGUAGUGGUCGGAGCAGCAGGUAUAUCGUUGAUACGCGACGCGUGCGCUUGGCUUAUGACUUUAUAACUUGUCUUUUCUACGUUAAGGUAAACUAGCAAACCUGGGCACUCAAAAAUUCUAUUUUGUGUUUUUGUAUUUUGUAUUAUAAUACUUACUAGAACCCAGUUAGGUGAAGAUUAUACCAGCUUGAACGUUAUGGCGUGUAGACUACUCAUUUUGUUUUAAUUUAUAUACUUAAACCUUAAGACUCUGAAUUGUUGCAUUUUAAUUGGCUGUCUAAAAAAUAUUCUGUGAAAAAUACACGUACAAAACCGGGAAAAACUAACUUUUCGCAUUUUUAAUACAAUAUUUUGAAUUCAAAACGUUGUAAUAUGGAUAUAUUAUAUUUAUUUUUGUUUACUUAUAGUACAGAAAUUAAAACAAUAAACGAUCUAAUUGGGUACUUAUUUAACAGUACCUGCAAAUCAUUAACGAAUUGGCAUUAUAUUAGUUUUUCUCCCUUUAUUUUUCAUUAUUAUUAAUGUGCCAAUCGAGUAUACGCGGGACGCACCUAAAGUUUUAAAUUUGAAAUAUCUCAUGUAUAUUUUUUUAAGGUGAAUUUAUCAUUAUCUGUAUAAUGUUAUCAAUUAUGUCACUCGACAAAAUGUGUCGUUAUAGUUCAUAGACCUUAUGCUAGUAGUAUAACGUCUAUGUUAGUUAUAUUUCCAGUUAAUAGUUAUAAAUAAUAAUAGCUUAAUGAUAAUAAUUAUCAUUAUUAAUUAUGCUUGAUCGUGGGCGUACUUGAAUUGCGGAUGUGUGUGUACCUACUACGUACACGCGUUUCGUGGCGUUAUACUGUGAUAUUCCGAUAUUAUACUAUAUUUAUAUGUUAGUACUUCGUGCCGGUAUAUUAUUGUUAAACAUAAUAAUAUCAGAUUAAUAUUUUAUUUCCUUUUAAGAUGUAUCUUAGUGAUUCUUAUUGUUUCUUCAUUAUAUAACUGAAAAUUACGCGGCAAAUUAAUGUGUGUGGAUUGUUUUCUUCAGUUAAUCUCGAUUUCGCUAUAAAUCUCUAAUGGUUUAUAUUUUACUAUAAAAUAUUAUCUGCUACUAUGGAGAGAGUAUACGCAAACGAUCAACAAAUAUUAACGUCUAAGAACGAAACAACUUAUCGUCGUCAUCAGGUGCUGAUCCAGAGGGUAGGGGCUUUUAUAUUACACAUAUAAUUUGUAAUAUUUAUAAUAUCCGCCAAUUUAAAAUAAUAUAAAUACAAUUGUUAAUAAUAAUAUUGUUAUCAAAUCCUAUUUAUAUUCUAUAGUGUUUACAAGGUGAUACACCGAAAUUCCUCAACUCAUUUUUCUUCGAUAAUGCAGUUAUUAAAAAUCUUAUGUUUGGAAUAAUUACUCUUCUUAAAGAUAAUAUUUUCAAGUUCUUGAAGUUUUUUUUACUAGAUAUUAUUUAUCUUGUUAAUGUUCAUGUUGAUGUAUUAGAAUCAAAUUUAAAUGAGUAGUUUUUGAGUUAUUUAUUAAUAUAUUAAUCUUUGUGUGCUAAGGAUAGUAGGCUAAGAAAGUACGGAGAUUGUGGUGAUUUGAAAUUGUUGGUGAUAAAAAUUAAUAAAUAAUAAUUAAUCAUUUAUCAACGUUCUUGAUUUGUAAAAUUUGUGCAAGAUUAACAAAUAGGUACUAGAUCCAAUGCUAAAUAUACGUACUUUAUAUUUUUGUAAUAUCAUUUUAAAGGACUAUUAUACUUAAUAUAUAAAUAUUUUAAUGGAUAA